UCGUAAUCCAUUUCAUUUCGACCGAUGGUUCCCACCCAUUCGGUAAUGACCCAGAUUCAUGGAAUCUCAAUAUCAAACGAUAUCAAGGAUGUGACCUGAGCAAACUAGAAGGGGAUCUGGAGGAUUUGGUUGGUUGGAUGCUCAGAUUCCGACCACAGGAUCGUCCAAAUACCGAACAAAUUCGGAAGCAUAAAUACUUUCGUGGCCAACUUGUUUGCCCUUAUCCCAAACUGAGUUCUGUAGUACGAAGCGCUCCAGAGAAGGAAGUUGUAAAAGUCAAAGAAGAGUUUGAAGAAAGAAUGAAGCAGAUGGAAUUAAAAAAUGAACAAGAAAAGACGAAAAUGAUGAAAGAGAUGGAAAAGCUUAUAAAGAAAACGAACGAAGAAGAAAUUGUUAAAGUCAGGAGAGAGUCAGAAAGAAUGCGAAAAGAGCAUGAAGAGGAAAUGAGGCGGGUGCAAAAAGAAAAGAGGAAAAUGGAAAUUGAGAAUGACAGGCUUAGAACUGAAAAGAAAGAUUUUGCUCAGUCUUCCAAUAUCUCUGCAACAAACCAGCUUGCUGUUUCGACUAGUGCAAACAAGUCCAUUUUUCAAAAGACUGCUGAAGCCAAGUGUCAAGGUGCAGAAUCUCAGUCUUCAAGUCAAACUACUUCUGGUCUAAGAAUCAUCAACAAACAACCAUCUGGUGGGGGGAUGUUAUGGGAUGGGUUGCCUGAAUCACUGCCAGGAUAUGUAGGAAAUGGGACUCGUGUCAUCACCUACUCAUUUCCUGCUGGAAGUCUGAAGGGGGUUUCAUAUGAAGCUCAAGAAUUCACUGAAUAUUUGCCAUGGACUGAUGAUGGAAACAUAUGUUACAACUUACUCUAUCAAGCAUUCAAUGCAGGAUUGAUUUUCAAGAUUCAGGAAGUUGGUGACAGAAGAGGAAAAAUUAUUUGGAACAAUGAGUUUCCUCAUAAGACUAAUAAAACUGGAGGACCAGGAAACAAUGGAUAUCCAGAUCCAAACCAUACAAGGAAACUGCAAAGAGCAUUGAAGGCGAAAGGAUUUAAGUGUGAUCAUCCAAUACUGGAAUUGAUAUUUCUCAGAAAUUGAUAUUGAGAGGGGGAUCAUAUUUUUAAUGAAUGGAAGACAAGUAAGAUUUCCUGCAAACGAUCAACCGCAUGGAGGAUGCUGAACUCGCCUUCAUCAAAACUACAUCAAGAGCCAAAACAAUAUUACCAUCAUAGCUAGGUUGCAUUGUCAAUAUAUUGGAUUCGACGCAAUCAAUCAGCAUUUUUAUUAAAACAUUAUUUAUUCGCAUCAAUUUUAAUAUACUAAUCAAAAUAUGUUUAAUUAACUGGCAUUUUUGUGUCAGUCACGAUACUUUAAAAUUGACUCAAACUCCUGGGAGGUUAUGCCCAUUAGUUUUUACUGUGGCCGAAAAUUAAUAUGUCAAGUAUAAAUUGAUUUAAAAAUGUCCAACCCAACCUUGUGUAAUUGAGCUCAUGAAUUAGGCUGUAUAAAUAUCCUAUUUCUGCUCUGGGUCCUUAUUGUCGACCACAUCUAAAUGUAUUAGUAAUCGAAACAUCUUUAAUUUUCAAUGUCAUUCUUAUGCAUAUUAAUUAAUAUUUUACUUUUAUGAUAUAUUGUAUAAUUAUUCCGUAGGUUCCCCACUGCUGCUGUUAAUUACACCACAUUCCAUCCAAACAAUUCUUCUGAGCUUCUAAUUGCCAACCACCACUGUAUAUAUCUAUCAAUAUCCCAUAGCAGGGAUGGCGAACCACUGACCCGCGGGUCACAAAGUGACCCACCGCGUUUUAUUCGUGACCCGCCAAGCCUUAAAUUAAUCUAACAAUACCUAAACUAUUAUAAUCUACCCAGUGGCGUAUCUACGUAACAUGGCGCCCAUGGCAAAGGUAAAAAAUGCACCCCUCGAUAGUUGGUUAACGAUUUAUAUAGACUGUUAUUGAAAUGCUAUACUGUACCUGUACGAUAUUUUUCAAGUAAAAAUGCGAGUUUCAGUCGUCUCCAAUUUGAAAUAAUUCUAUUGAAACAUAUUGCGAUUAAAAAUUUUUGCCGUUUUUGCGCCCCUGUCUAAACAGCGCCCAUGGCACGAGCCAUGGCUGCCACACCCUCGAUACGCCACUGAAUCUACCGUCAGUUGGGUAGCUCGGGCCGCGAGGGCUCAUAUUCAAAUUGUUAAUUUCGGGCCGGUAUGGUAAUUUUCAAAACCCUUAAUCUUGGACGCAUGUCUGCACCGUUGUGAACCAUCAUUCAGCUAUUGGCUCUGACAUCGUUUAUGACAUAACAAUGCAACUGAUAUGUUAAUUCGUCGCUACGUCGGGUCUCUUUCGGAAGUUCAUCUGCAGACUGUUUUAGGGGUUAUGCGAGAACUAGAUGCUACUUUGUAUUUUAUUAGUUUCUCGCCCACAAUACCGCUAAGAGAACAAAAUCUUUCAGACUUGAAAUAAAAGCCUAGAAAUCUGAAAUAACAAUGGGGGAGUGUAAAAGUGCCUUAAUGAGGUUGGAAGUUGAUCGAAAAAUAGAACACUGUCAAGGUGGGAUUCCCUCCAAACUCUUUGGAACCGUAAAAUAAUUUACCGCAUCAUCCUAAAUGUUUAUGGUAAUUCAUAUGCGUGUUUUCGUAC